AUGGCUAACAACAAUAACAACCUAGCUGCUACUAUUCGCCUCUUGGUGGAAAAACUGACUCAGGAGAGAGCUGAGCGUCCCAAUUCUGCUGGGGACAUGUUUGAGACAUUAGCUAAGGUUAAGCCACCAUACUAUAAGGGGCAAGCUGAUACUACCUUCCUAGAAAACUGGAUAAGGGAGUUUGAGAAAAUCUUUAGGACUGUGAAAUGUCCUGAGGGAAUUAGAGUGGGUCAAGAUGUGUUAUACCUUAACGAUGAGGUUGACUUAUGGUGGAGAGAAAAUGGAGCUAGACUGAGUGUUGUCGAAGGUUUCACCUGGGAUGCUUUUGUUAUUGCCACGUUUAUGAGGAAACAGAAGGUCCAGGAAUUCAUUAACCUUAUGAUGGGUAGUAUGACCAUCUCGGAGUAUUACAACAAGUUUAUAGCAUUGUCGAGGUUUGCACCUAAGGUUGUAGCUACUGAGGAGUUGAAGUCUCAGAGGUUUGAGCAAAGGUUGACUGAUGAGAUACAACUAGCGUUAGGAGAGUUCAAUUUGGGAGACCUAGAUGUUAUUCGUGGGAUGAACUGGUUAUGUUUCUACAAGGCCAAUAUAGACAGUAAGGUUCAGAAGGUAGUAUUGAGAAACCCUUUGGGAAAAUUGACCUUCUAUAAACACUUUGGGAAGCCUAAGAACUUUAGGGUUAUCUCUGCGAUGCAAGUGAGGAAGUUGAUGAAGAAGGGGUGUGAGUUAUUUUUCUAUAGUGUGCAGGAUGUGAGUAAGGAAGUUGGGGUCAAUAUUGAAGAUGUCCCAAUUUUGAACGAGUUUAUGGAUGUAUUUUCGAGUGAGAUUUUGGGUAUGCCGCCUCCUACGGCUGUUGAGUUCACCAUAGACUAA